AUGUCGGAUAAUAACGUCCAGGCAUCUUUUCCCAGCAACCGCAAUCCGCAGUCGUCAGAAUCGCUGUCCGCGAAUUCCGAUCAGCAAAGCGGAAGAGGCAGCCGCCGCAGGGGCGGGGGUAGAGGUCGAGAUCGAGAUUUUCAAGACCGAAGUUCACAAGCAAAUGACCGGUUCCCGGAGGAAAAUAGCGGUCUGGGAAGGUAUGGUGGCCGGGGCAGAGGGAGGGGCCGCGGUCAAGAUUCAGACGGUCAUGUUGCUCGUGGAGGAUAUGGCGGCAAUCGCGGCGGCGGACGCGGCAGGGGUCGCGGCGGCGGUGGCGACGGCGGUAACGGCGGCGGUGGCGGCGGUGGCGGUGGCGGCGGUGGCGGUGGCGACGGAGCUGCCAAUACACUCCUAGAGUUGUACGGCGUGUCUGCAGAUCGUCAGACGCAGGACUUCCCUCAGCCUCGCCGCGGUUAUUCCCAGCCUUACCGGCCGUUUCUGGUGCCUGCUGGGCAGUCUAAUCAGCCGGCAGAUCUGACCGGCCACCACCUCAACCACGGGCAGGUCCUGGAAUAUUGGACCUGCCCGCGCUUCUUGCCCCGCCAGAUGCUCGAGCACAGCAGGGAGGCGCGCGGGGAAGGGGAAGGGGGGGAGGGGGCGGCAGGAGAGGAGGCAGGGAAGGGGGAAGGGGGAGAGGAGGGCGUGGAGACAGAGGGGAGGUAG